GUCAGAGAGUCAGAGAGAGUGGCCAUGGCGCUUCUCGGCGACGACGGUAGAGGCUUCGAUCUAGCGAAAAGACUCGAUCACUCCGGCGUAUGGCGUACCUGGCUCGGCGACUCUAUCUACACAUCUUUCCUCCACUACCUAUCCUCACCUUCUUCCUGGGAAGCCUUCAUGCGCGUCGACGAAUCAAAGUCUAGGGCUCAGAUUCAACUCCAGCUCCGCGUCCGCGCCCUUCUCUUCGACAAGGCUACCGUCUCACUCUUCCUCCGAUCCAACUCAUUCUCCGCCGAUGUUUCCUCCUCCUCCGUUGUGUCGAAGCUUAAUCCUAAUUAUUUACAGUUGCACGGAGAUGAUGUUUACUAUACUUUGGAGAAUGUUUCUUCAGAAGGUGGGGGGCUUCGUCAUAAUCCUGGUUUAUCUAAGAGCCAAUCCAAGCCAAGUUUUAACUCUGGGAGGAGAGGUAGUGAGUCUGAUUUCAGUAAUCUAGCUCAAAGGUCCAGGUUCGAGGAGUUACCCGACACUUGGUACACUCAGUUUAUAUCAUCAAGGUGUGGUUUUAAAUAUGGGAUGUCUGUUGGAGGACAAGAAUCUGACAAACGCACUCCUGAAGGGAUGUCUACUUACCUCAGAGUCGUGGAUACUCACAAGAGAAAACGUGCACCUUUUUUAGAAGAUCGAAGUACCGGAAGCUCAGCCCAUAUGAGUAGAUCUAACAUCCAUCCAAGCUCCGGAUUGGAUGGAAGUGGUUUAGAAGAUGAUAUACUUCUUCUUCCGGAGACAAUGUUUAGAAUGAACUGUGUACCGGAGACUGCCCUUUCGCCGAUUGCGAGAACACAAGAUGAUGUUAAAACAGAGUUCUACGGGGUACUUGAUACGCUACCUCAAGUUACUACUACUACCAGGAGUCAUGUUAUGCUCGAGAGGCUUGGGAUGAUGCCUGAGUACCUUAAAAUGGAAGAAAGAGGAGGUUUGCGACGUAAGAAGGCUGAGAAGAUGGGUUGUAGUGACGAACAAGCUGCUCAAGUGUCACGUAAAGUUGUGGCAGGCAUGCUUUUGACAAUGGGAUUUGAAGGUGCGACGGAGGUUCCGGUUGAUGUCUUCUCUCAGUUACUUAGCCGACAUAUCUGUAAAUUAGGUGGUAUUUUGAAGGUUCUUACUGACAGUUACAAAAAGGAGUGUUCAGCGGUGCAGCUGAUUAAGAUGUUCCUAAAUACUACGGGAUACAGUAAUCUUGGGAGUUUAGCAGAGCUUGUUAAAGAUGGUACAAGGAAUCAUCAUCCCCCAAAUCAGAAACAACCACAAGUGCUUCAGCAGCAGUUACAUAUGCAGCAACAAGGUCCUCCGCGGUUACAGCAACAAAUUCAGCGGCAAAUGCAUCCACAGAUGCAGCAAAUGGUUAAUCCCCAAUCUUUACAACAGCAGCAACUUCUAGAGAGAAUGCGUAAACGUCAAGUUACAUCACCGCGACCUAACAUGGAUAUGGAAAAGGAUCGGCCGCUGGUGCAGGUAAAGCUUGAGAAUCCUUCUGAAAUGGCAGUAGAUGGAAAUGCAUUCAACCCUAUGAACCCAAGACACCAGCAUCAAAUGCAGCAGCAGUUCAGGCAGCAGCAACAGAUUGCUGCACUCUCGAAUAUGCAACAGCAACAGCAACAACCUGGCUAUAACCAGUUCAGGCAAUUGGCUUCAAUGCAAAUUCCACAAAUGCAAACACCGACAACAGGAACGGUCAGAGCUCAACCCGUUAAGGUUGAAGGAUUCGAACAACUAAUGGGAGGGGACUCUUCUCUUAAACAUGAGACGGAGGAUAAGCUGAGAUCUCCACCUACCAAAUAG